AUGGCUCGAUUGCUCUCUUCGGCACUUCUGUGCUGCCUGUUCUUCAAGAAUGCCACAGCAUUCUAUCUCCCCGGAGUAGCACCAUCCUCCUAUUCAACCGGCGACCGAGUCCCUCUGACUGUCAAUGCGUUGACUCCUUCGAUCUCGCGGCAUGACGAGCAAAUUCAUGCUGUUGUUUCCUACGACUACUAUCACCCUGCAUUCCGAUUCUGUCGACCGGAGAAAGGGCCACAGCGGGUACGGGAGUCAUUGGGCAGUAUCAUCUUUGGUGAUCGGAUCCAGACUUCGCCUUUCGAACUGCACAUGGGACAAAAUGAGACCUGCAAGAUGACCUGCGAAAGCACAGAGUUUGAUGAGAGGGCCGCAAAGUUUGUCAACUCUAGAAUAGAGGAGGCGUACAAUGUGAACUUACUGGUCGAUGGACUACCAGCUGCGGAACUCAGGGAAGAUCCGCUCACUCACGAACAAUUCUCAAGCCCAGGAUUUCCUCUAGGCAAAGUGAAAGAAGACGGUACGAAGAUUCUACACAAUCACUGGGACAUCAUCAUCGACUAUCAUAAGGCGGGUCUCCGAGGUACGAAAUAUCGCGUGGUUGGUGUCCUGGUCCAGCCACAGUCGUAUGCCGGAUCGAAACCUCUGGGUCAGGGCAAGGCUGACUGUGCCGCGAACUCGGGCCCGGUUGUGCUUAAUGAGAGCGGCGGGACUAAGGUCACCUACACAUACAGCGUUUACUGGCGUCCGUCGGACACCGCUUGGGCAACCCGAUGGGACAAAUACCUCCACAUCAUUGACCCCAAGAUUCACUGGUUCUCGCUGAUAAAUUCCACCAUUUUUGUCGUCUUCUUGGUUGGGAUGGUCAGUACAGUAUUGGUGAGGGCUCUCCACAAGGACAUCGCAAGAUACAAUCGAUUGGACAACAUCAAUCUCGAUGAUCUUUCGGGCACAGCAGCCGUGGAAGACGAUAUCCAAGAGGACUCCGGCUGGAAGUUGGUGCACGGCGACGUGUUCCGAAGCCCACGUCACAUACUCAUGUUGAGCGUCCUCCUCGGGAACGGAGCACAGCUUUUCGUCAUGACAGGAGUGACCGUGGCAUUCGCCAUGCUGGGGUUUUUGUCGCCAUCAAAUCGUGGAUGGCUCACUUCAAUCGGUCUUCUCCUGUACACCCUUUUUGGAUGCAUCGGCGGGUACGUCUCCGCCCGAGUCUACAAGAGUUUCGGCGGAGAGAAAUGGAAACUCAACAUUGUGCUGACGCCGCUGUUUGUCCCGGGCGCCGUUUUCGGCACCUUCUUCCUCCUCAACCUGUUUGUCUGGGCAAAAGGUUCAAGCGGAGCGGUUCCCUUCACGACCAUGCUGGCCAUCAUUGCCAUAUGGUUUCUGAUCAGUGUGCCUUUAAGUGUGGUUGGCUCCUGGUAUGGUUUCAAACAACCAGCCAUUGAAUCACCCACCCGUACCAAUCAGAUUCCACGACAGAUACCGCCGGUUGCACGAUCGCUCAAGCCUUUGCCUUCCCUCCUCUUGACCGGCAUCCUCCCGUUUUGUGCCAUCUUUGUGGAGCUGUACUUUAUCAUGACCUCGCUUUGGACGAGUAAGAUCUACUACAUGUUUGGGUUUCUGUUUAUCUGUUAUGCGCUCAUGGUGUUAACGUCGGCAUGCACGACCAUUCUGCUUGUGUACUUCCUCCUUUGUGCUGAAGAUUACCGCUGGCAAUGGAGAGCGUUCUUCGGGGCUGGGAUGACCGGAGGCUAUGUGUUUCUCAAUGCUUUGGGGUUCUGGGCGACUCGGGUCAGUUUUGGGGGCUUGACCGGGGCCGUCCUCUAUGUGGGCUACUCUGCACUCAUCAGCUUCCUGGUAUUUGUUCUUACUGGGACAAUCGGGUUUUUCGCAUCAUACGCGUUCGUGCAUCGGAUCUAUCGAUCCAUCAAGGUCGACUGA